AUGAACUACGAAUACACUCACCUUGAAUAUCCCUUUGCUGCCGAACGAAUGUUUGGUCGCCAAACUCCUAUUGAUGACAUUUACUAUCAGAACACACGUCGUUUUAGUUACUCUGGUCUCUUGUCCAACCAGAGUGAUGCAAGUCUCUCAGACUUUGAACAGCACACACCCUCUCCAGUCAACACCUAUGUCGAGCUAAUCAAUGAUCUUGAUGACUCAAAGGUCCAUUCUCUAAUCGACUAUGCUUGCAACCCAUACAUGUCACAAAUGGUCGAUACUGCUGCUUUCUUGCCAGCUCACCAUAACCAGCAACAACAACAACAACAACAACAACAACAACAACAGCAACAGCAUAACCAUCACAACCAUCAUCAGCAUCAGCAUCAACAAUCUUAUCCCAUAGAUGAGCAAUUGUUCAAUAAGCAUCAGAAUCAAUCUGCUUUCCAGACUCUUUCAGCACAAUCAGAUUCAAAUUCAUCAUGUGGAUACCCCCAAGGAUUCAACUCUCCAAUGACCAACUUUGGAAAUCCUUAUCACCUCAACUACCACCAGCCACAGAUCAACUAUAACAUCCCCCCUCUCUUUAUGUCUACCCCAACUGAUGUCCUGUCUGCAUUCCCAAUGGGCACCUUGGAUAUCUCUGCUGCCAUCAACUCUUCAGCACAGCUAUCGGCAUCUUCAGCAUCUUCAGCAUCCGGACUCUCACUCUCACUCUCACCAUCCUCACCAUCACUCUCAUUAUCAUGCUCAGGAGCAGUAUCAGUAUCAGGACCAGAAUCAUUAUCACCUGCUUCUCUGUCUUCAUCUUCUUCCUCGCUUUCUUCAUCAUCAUCUUCUCCGACCAUGUACAACAACUCACCUUCAGGCCCAGUUAACCACAGAGACUUUGAUAUCUCAUUCGGAGAGCCUUCCGCUAGUCCCGAAACAUUCUCAAUCUCCCCUCCAAUGACCAAGACCAAGGCGGCCAAGAAGACCCCCAAGGACAAGUCACUCACCAAGCAAAAGACCUCGACACCCCGCCAGCCCAAGACUCAGAGCAGAUCCCGUGGAAGACGGUCUGCACAUGAUCAGGUGUCUGAUGAAGACAAGUCAUUUCAAUGCAAGUUUUCCGGAUGCGGCAAGGCCUUCAAGCGAUCCGAGCAUCUCAAGCGUCACGCAAGAUCCAUUCACACUCUGGAGAAGCCGUUCGAGUGCCCUUACACAGCAUGCUCAAAGAAGUUUUCAAGAUCCGACAAUCUCAAUCAGCACAUUCGGAUCCACCGCCACACCGGCAAGGACAAGUCAAACAUGGCUGCGUUACGUCGUAGCUCUUCAUCUUCCGAGAGCUCUGCCGGCAGCGCUCAUGCUUCUUGCUUAUAA